AUGGCAGAGCGAGCGGCCAUGAGGCUGCUGAGAGAGCAGUUAGAGGAGGCUUGGUCGGUCAAUGAGCACUUGGUUGAAAGGAUCGAAGAAUUGAAGUCGAGAUUGGCGCGGUACGAGAAACCAAAAGGGCAGGUCGGUGACCAUUCGACCGGUGCAACACAUUUACACACGCACGAUAUGCCUCGACAAAGUGCACGCGUUUUUCGGUGGCCAAAACAACCGAGCAACAAAAGAGUUAUAAAAAUUCGUGACAAGGUGUCUGAUUUUGAUGAUGAGGUUAUUACAACGCCAGUUCGUACAGUGUAUCGGUCUGCGAAGCCAUUAGACAGCAGUUCUUCGUCUGAUUCCGGCUACAGUUCACCUAACCGUCAAAACAUGACGGUUCCAGAUAUCCUGGACGACACGAUUAUGUCCAAAUUUGACAGCAAUACUGAGUUGAACACCACGCCAACGAGCAAGUUACAGCACCGGAAUGCUACACCUGCCAAAAUCUCGAAACCAACCAUUCCCAAUAUAUCGCCUGUACCGAAACCUAUUCGAGUAGAAGCGACCAGUACAGGGGUAAGAGUAUCGACGAGGUCGUCGCGUCCAUCGUCAAGAAGACGAAUAGUCAAGGCUGUGCUGCCUGACGAGACAACUGUGAAUCAGUCAGGGGUCAUUUCAGAUUCACCAGCAAGGGCCAAGCGGCAAAUGUUUCGUAUUUAA